UUCUCGUAUUUCUCGUUAUUCAUUGCGCUGGCGAGAGCGUGGUGUCACCCGUGUCCUAAAUUUUCGUAUUAUUUUAACAGAAAACAUCUUACAAAAAAAGUGUCAAACACGGAAGGGAACGGACUAGCUCGUAGUUUGAGUCAGAACAAAAAAUAUAAAUAAACAAAUAUGAAUCCUGAUGAUUAUGAAGUUCUUCCAACUAAUAAUGUAGUUACGCAUAUGACUGCAGGUGCCAUUGCCGGAGUUAUGGAGCAUUGCGUAAUGUACCCCUUGGAUUCAGUGAAAACUCGAAUGCAGUCCCUUUCACGAACAAAUCAACAUGGUAUUAUUGACACUUUCUACAGAAUGGUAAAAAAAGAGGGACUCUUCAGGCCUGUCAGAGGUAUGUCGGCUAUGGUUGUUGGAGCAGGACCCUCUCAUGCCCUUUACUUCAGCACAUAUGAAUACAUCAAAAAUUCUCUAAGACAGAGAACGAAUAGCACUCGGUAUCAUCCAGUUAUUCAUGGUGCGGCCGGUUGCAUAGCCACGUUACUACACGACGGUUUCAUGAAUCCCGCUGAAGUGAUAAAGCAGCGGCUCCAGAUGUCGAACUCCCCCUACAAGACGGCCCUGGAAUGUCUCGUCAAGGUUUAUCGGAAAGAGGGCGUCGCCGCCUUCUACAGGUCGUACACGACGCAGCUGACGAUGAACGUGCCCUUUCAGUGUUUCCACUUCAUAACCUACGAGUGGAUGCAGAAGAAGAUCAACAAAGAGGGCAAAUACAACCCUUCGGCGCACAUGAUAAGCGGCGCUAUCGCAGGCGCGGCCGCCGCCGCCAUAACGACGCCCCUCGACGUGUGCAAGACGCUGCUCAACACGCAACAGGACGCCUCGGCUACCGGCCUGGUGCAUGCCGUGAAGACGGUCUACAGGCUGGGUGGGCCUACCGGCUACUUCAGAGGCAUGCAGGCCCGCAUAAUGUACCAAAUGCCGUCGACCGCCAUCUGCUGGUCAACGUACGAGUUCUUCAAAUACCUCCUGGAAGCCAAGGCCAUAGCCUCGCCAGCCGUGACCGUUCUGGCGGAAGACGAGAACAGUCAAUCGACGGCCAGGCCGGUCCUUCAAAAUGAACCUUCGACUCCCGAAAAAACGACAAUUAUGAAACCGCGAGAACUGCCGUCGAUAGCGUCGGGCACCGGUCUGUACGGCGCCCUGACCUUCAAUACGAUGCAUACCUCCGAGGCCAAUUUCAGCAGUAGGAGUAAAGGCACUGUGUUGGAUUGUUCGCAUACCUAGUGGUCGGAUUCCCUUUUUAUUUUUAAAUUAUAUUGUUAAGACAUGUGAGUAUCCAUGCCAUUGAUCGAUCAUUAUAUUGUUUUGUUGAUUCUAUCGAAAAAAAAUAUGUUUGAUGUCUAACUUAGAAAAAGAUGCUGGUUCAUCUGAUUCCAUAGACGGAUACGACUUAGACAAAAAGAACUUUUCGACAAUAUUCUGAGUAGAAUACGUAUGUUUUACCACUUUAGAGACAGAGGAAAAACCUUCGUUCUUCUUUAAUUUCACAGGAAUGCAGUGGAGCUCCGCUCAUCCUGUUAUUCGGUAUUUUUUUAUGGUCAAAAUCUAAAUUGCCUGUGAAAUUGAAUAAAAACUGUCAUUUCGAAUAAUGGGAAUUGCCGAAAAUCAUGUUGUUCGAUUUCACCAACUAAAUAAAGCUGUGAUAAGUACUAAACUUCGGUCGGGGUGUAAAUAAGAAAGGAAAACGAUUGGUAAAGAUUACAAUCUCAAUCUAAUCAACCUACCGCAAACUAUCAUUCGAGAUAUUUCACAAAGUAUAUCUUGUACUAACAGUUAGUAGAAAAUUUCUGAAAAGAGAAGUCGGUAACGAAAAAAACGGUUAGCUUUUAUGUACACUUUUAAAAACAAUAUGUCUAACGGUAGGUCGAUUAGAUCCAGUGUUUUCGGAAGGGUAAAAAUCAUUCAUUUCGUUUUUAUGGUGUUGGAGUUGUAUUUGUUGAUAUCCAACAUUGUUCAAAUUACUUAAUUUCUAAAUUCAUUUAUUACAAUUUUUGAUUGUUGAGAUGGGAAAGAGAGGCGACACUUGUUAUCGUUUACAGCAUAAUAAUAUAUCAAAUUAUUUACGGCCAGUGACAGAAAGCUCGAGGAAAACUUGUUUGGACGAAGAUCGAACUUUUUAUCGAAAAUCGAACAUAUCUUCGUUUAUUUAUGAAUUUCGUUGGGGUUGAUAGAUGGAACGGGAACGUAUUGAUUAAUACCUCUGAUUUUCUCAGGUUCUGCGGUGAAAUGUCAAUAUUGACUUUGUUUUUCGAUAUUCUUUAAGGUUAUGUCACAUUUUACUCGAUUCACCGUUUUCUUAAGAACUUUCACAAGUGAAUUCUGCACAAGUUCAAAGUUAAUACAGAUAACUUAUCGGUAAAACUGGGUCAGCAAACUGUAGUUGCGAGUGAAUCUAAAAAUGGUUUUCAUUGAUCGGAGGUUAAGCAACAGAGCAGUGUCCUAGAAUUUUUUUAAUCUUUUAAAAAUACCUCAGUUGUUUAGGGAGUUUGUUUCACAAAGGGAAUUUUCGAAGUUAGUCGCUCUGUCAGAUCCAUUUCAGAGAAUGAACGAAGAAUGCUGAUUUCGUAGUUCAAAUCGGGUGCGAAAACAGUUAAUGAAAAGUUGAUAUUUUUAUAUGGUAAUCCACAAUCGGCAGAUUCUCCAUCAAGAAUGUAUAAAGGACUAGAUUGACAUUUGUGAAGGACGAGUAACCUUAACCGUCAAUUUUCCUAAGUUUCAAAACUUAGUUACUCUCCUCAGAUGAAAAUCUAGUCCGUACCUGCUUGUAAAAUUCUACGUGAACCCUGUACAUACAUACUUUUCAGGAGAAAGAAAUUCGAAUCUUAUCAUUUCGUCAGCGGACAUGGGCGAACAAAUGAACUUGUUUAAUGAACGAAAAACAUUGUAGUCAUAUAUAUAUACAUAUAUAAAAAUAUUUUGAUUUCUGUUAUUCUGUCAUUUACGAAUGACACUUACUAGGCUGUGAUAAAGUCCUUAUCAGCUUUACGUAUGAUAUUGACUUCGUUCAGAUGGGAGUACUAUCAUAUAGUGUUUUCAAUUAUUGUUCAGGAACGACGUGUUCAGACCCAGCGAGAGACCGGCAGAAUCUCUAGGCCAGUGUUGAUUUUAACCAGUUUAACGCAAAUGAGAAAACCUCUUGUUGAAACUGCCAGGUGAAUUAAGUGUUGUCAGCAUUUUUCGUUUAUUUUCCGAUCUCCCGUUUUAUUCGCCUUUGCAUUUUUUAUAUUUAACGUUCGAAAUGGAUGUUUUAGAAUGCCUAGAGACGAAACUGGUGUAUCUUACGUAACGUUUUCUUUUUUGAAAAUAUUCUGAACACUCGUUUUCUACAUUCAUUGUGAUAAGAGACAUUGUCACUAUAUUACCUGUACAUAUUUAGUUUUGUCAUAUUUUUGUUUUAAAAUUGUAUGAAUGAAACCUCAUUAAAUCUACUGAACGUUG